GAGUUGUGACAGUUGGAUGAGGAAAUAGUGCUGGUGAGCACAUGGGUGUGGUUAGCUAGCAGCUUCUCCAUCAGCCCCUCUCUGAAGUGACAUACAAAGAAAAACUCAAAGUGCAUGAUGAGGCUGAGGAUAAAUCUCUGGACUCGCAGGAUGGAUACUAAGAUUCAUUUGGCUUCAUUGAUCUUUUACCUAUUUAUUAUGUUGAAAGUGUCAAGGGCUCAGACUCCCACAGUUGUGUUGCAAACAAUGCCUGAGAACGUCGUGACCGAAGAAACUCCUCUGACUCUCACCGGUAGAGUCACCAGAGAUGCUAACUCUGCCCUGCAAACUCCCGCCCUGCACCCCACAAACCAACACAACGGCUCGACGCCACAAACCAAGACGUCAGCAGGUCCCAGUCAGCCGACGAAGAACGCAACACAACAAACGUCAGCGUCCAGUCCAGCAUCCACAGUGACAUCUUCUCCAUCUGGGACCACCGUCAAAAACGGGACCGUUCAGCCUAUUGCCUGGGAUCCGAAGUGGGACGAAGGUUUCACCUAUGAUUAUGAGUCCCUGCGAUACGUAGGCCUGGUCAUCGCUGCAGUGCUCUUCAUUGUCGGCAUAAUGGUCAUUGGCUGUGGAAAGGUCUGUCGGCUCCCCAAGUGUCACAAGAGGUCAGCAAAAUCGUAUCGUGUGGCCCAAGGAUGAGGAGAGAAAAGCCUGUGCACAAUGUCAGGAGCGAAAACGCACAAGGGAAACCAACUGGAAUCCUUUACAAGAAGAAGAAACACUCAGCCAACACCUGGCAGCAUGUGUCUACAUGUCGAGUGACACACGGCAUGUUGCUUGGUAACCAUGUCAUAGAAAAGAGAAAAAAAAAAGCCAUAAACAUGGAAAAUGUGAUUCAUGCUGACAAGUGAAAUAAGUGGAACCA